UGGCGAAUGCGCGCGUGCGAGCGCAGCUAAGCCCACGCCAACACAGCAACACCAUUUACACCAUCUACAUCGCACACGUCUCACAUCGCCUCGAGGUCACGAGCUAGCGCCUAGCUGAGCCGCACCGUCGCCCGUACAUCCCUCUCUCCCUCUUCCGCGCGUCUCAUCGAAGCUAUCGGGCGCUCUUUACACUUCGUAGCGAACACGCAGCCAAUCGACGAGUUCCGGUGGGGUACGGAGCAUGCCAUCAUGUCGCAGGAGGAUCCGUCAGCACCAGCGCUGACCGCAACGCUGCUAACCAAUCUGGUAUCGGCAGUCAUUCCAUCCACCCGCAAGAGUCGCGGUGUUGAAGAGAGUCUGGAGACUGCAGAAGGCAGGAGAAAGCUCAGGGUCGAGUGCGUGGCUCUCGCAGAGGAAAUCUUCAACAGCGACCUCAAUCAGCCAUCGUCAUCGAGCGAGAGAGAAGUUAUCGCGCGCCUCAAGCGCAAGUUGACCAGCUAUGCGGUGGAUGGUGGCCAUGGCAGCGGCGUCAAGUUGCAAAACCUCGUUCAAGAAUUGCGCGCCUUGCCGAAUCAGGGAAAGCACGCUGCGCUGCUAGAGCUGCUCGAUCGUUUGGCAUUCUCAAACCUUCCAAGCAGUAGCGCGAGUGCAGCCAGCGAGGGUCGCUCCGACACCCGCUCCGAAGCUUCUCGUCGGCCCACCGACAGGCCAUCUUCUGCAGCUACAGGUGCCUCGCGCCCUUCAGUUGCAACACGACCAGUCUCGGGCGCGACUCGCAACGUGUCUUCUGCUACGACGGCCACAACUGCAAGCCGCGCCACACUCUCCAGCAGGCCUGCGCCAGGCGGUCCGGGCACAACAGGACCAUCCAGCAAUAGGCCCAGCUCGACCGUCACUGGCAGCCGCGAGGCGACACCUCAAGCAAGACCAAGAGCAGACGUCCGGUCAGCAGAACGCAACAAUGCUGUCGCAGCAAAGGCACCAGCAGCUCGAGAGCAAGGGCCUGCUGCGUUGCCAGCACACGACUCUCGCUUCGCGGCCGUUCCGAACGCCCCGCAACAACCUCCCGCCACUCACACGCCAUGCUCGCGGGCAGAACUCGUGCGGCGAUGCCACGCCAAGUUCGGAAAAGAAGAAGUCCCAGAGACGGACCUGAUCAAGGAUGUCGUGUACUUGCUGCAAGGCAUAAACGGAACGUAUGUUGGCUUCGAAGAGGUCCUCUCACCUGCCAGCAACGAGAUUGGAGCGGAAAGGCAAGCGGAAAAGGAAUUGAGAAUGAAAUGGGCUGACGACAAGGGUCGCAUCUCGCCGCAGACAAAGCACUUGAUUCACCGCAUUGCAGAAGUGGGCAGGCUCUACCGACGUAUGGCGGAAUUUGUAAAAGACCACAACGAGGCAGAUGUGUCGGGACUGAUCGAGCAAAGUCUCUGUCACUUCAUCAACGAAGAAAUGACCGAGUAUCUUCGACUCCUUGCGAUUCUCGAGGCACACAUGCACCGCAGCCUUCAGUCGAGUGCCCUUGCGAACAUGGACAGAGGGCGUUCACCAAACGACGUCGAUGCUUUGGAGGAGAGCUCCAAGGGUACCACGACGCUGACGCUGCGCAGAAUUUGGCUCUGGACCGAAGAUGUGGUGCUGAAAAUGCGGCUGUUGAGUACAGUCAUCGCUAGCACUGCGGGCGCCCAUGGUGGACAGCUGGUGUCGCGAAUCCAUUCCUAUACCUUCAAUGGUGAUCCCUUCAUUCGCAGCUAUACCGCGCGACUGCUCGAAGAGGUCUCUCGACCAUUCUUCUACUCUUUGUCGCGCUGGAUCUACGAAGGAGAGCUGCAUGACCCAUUCGGGGAAUUCUUUGUUGAGCUCAACGAGAGUUCGGCACUGCAAGGUGCCGAGGCGCUCGAUGUGGACGCCUUUUCGCUGUGGCAAAGCAAAUUCAGGAUUCGAACAGAGAUGCUGCCGAGCUUUUUGAAGGAAAGCUUUGCACAGAUGAUCUUUUCCACUGGUAGAAGUCUCAACUUCAUUCGGUAUAGCUGUGGGGACAUAGAUUGGGCAUCGACAAAAGAUACGAUCGGGAGCACAAGUGCUGAUCUUCGAUAUACCGACUUGUCUGGCUUGGAGAGUACAAUCAACAGCGCAUACAGUACUGCCAGUCAGCACCUGCUCGACAUUUUGCUGGAGAAAUUCAGGCUUCUAGACCACCUUCGUGCACUCAAAGACUACCUGAUGUUGGGACGAGGAGAUUUUGUCGAUCAUUUGCUGGAGGCUGUGGCGCCAUAUCUGGACAAGCCCGCCUCGUCGCUCUACCGACAUAACCUCACCGCAUCGCUCGAGACCGCGAUUCGCAAUUCCAAUGCCCAAUACGAUGAUCCCGACAUCGUAGCUCGGCUGGACGCUCGCAUUCUGGAAUAUUCAUCGGGUGACACCGGUUGGGAUACAUUUCAGCUAGAGUACAAGUGUGAAUCUCCCGUCAAUGCGGUGCUCGAUACCGAAGCGAUGAUCGGAUAUCAGACCGUAUUCGCACACCUCUGGAAGCUGAGAAGGACAGAGAGUGCCGUGGGUAGCGCAUGGGCAAAGCUGAUGGCUGCGUCCAGAAUGCUGCCGCGAGGAGCGAGGGCUUCCGGCGGGUUGCAACGCCUGCUAGCAAAGCUACGCUCCGCUUUGCUAGGACUCUCCGAGAUGAUCCACUUUGUCCGUCAGGUGCAAGGUUUCUGUCAGCUGGAAGUGAUCGACUACUCGUGGCAAGACUUGAUGGACUUUUUCGCCACGAGGAAGGGCGAUUUGGAUGAGCUGAUAUUGGAGCACCGAAGGUACUUGAAUGCACUAAAGAGCAAAGCUCUCUUGCUGAGUCAGGGCAAGCGUGGUGGGGAUGCUCUGGCAAAGGAGACCAAAGCGCAAUUGGACACGAUACUCGCGGGUGCAGCUGCGUGCAAUGACUUGGCGACUUGGGCGACGGACGAAUUGGCUCGAGCAGAGCUGUCCCGUCCUCUCGGGCCAUCAUCCCGUCGCCGUCCCGUCACGCCGGUUGCGCGUGCGCCGCAGGGUCGUAGCGAGGAGAACAUGGACCGCAUCAUUGUGCGAUUUCAGUCACAUAUGGAAGAGUUCCGCGGCAGGAACGGGACGAUCAUCGUUGCUUUGAGCAAGCACUCCAACCUCGUCUUUAGAGGAUUGGCCACGAGACUGGGCUACGAUGCGAAGAAUCCGGCAACUGAUUCGGAGAGCAGAACGAGACGCAAUAGCGGAGCGACGGUCGGCACGCAUCGAGAUCGAUGAUGAUGGAUGAGGCAGCUCGUCGAAUGCGUUCAUCGAAAAGAAUCCAAAGCUGGCUCAGGGUCGUCGGCAUCAUCAUCUACACCUUUGGUCAACCUUAGCGCCAGGUUUGUACAAGUACAGAGAACAUAAUGUGGGGCAAAUGUGACGCUUUUGCGAGCAUCUCGCGAUUGACAUCGACG